AUGUAUAUAGUAAUCAAAGGAGUGUGCUCAGUAUCUUGUAAUAAUAACUCUCCUUUUUCGCUUUUCGCUACGUCUUUGUUUGGGGAUUGUUUCUUACUUUUUUUUGUCCUCUUCUCUUUUAUUCUGUGUACAUGUGCAAGUGCAAUAGGUGAACGUUCAGUGUACGUCGCCGCUACAUCUUUCCAUGAGCAAUGCGUUGCAUCAGCUGCAUGA